UAUAAUAACAACAACAACACUGACAUAUCAAUUCUUACAUAACUCACUCACUCUCUCUCUCACUCACUGUCGGUAAACUAACUUCUUCACCUUUUCCGGCUCCGAUUCUGCUCCGGAAAACAACUUCGGCAGAAAAUGCAGCUCUCUCUGGUCAUGUUAGCUACACUCUGCAUUGUUUUCCUGCAGCUUCUCGUUAGCUCGUCCGGUUUGGCUACGACCCAUCGCCACGUGUCUAGCUCUCGUUGGCUUCCCGCAGUCGCUACCUGGUACGGAAGCCCCAACGGCGACGGCAGUGACGGAGGAGCGUGUGGGUACGGUACGUUGGUGGAUGUGAAGCCGUUACAUGCGAGGGUUGGAGCGGUGAAUCCUAUCCUCUUCAAAAACGGUGAAGGCUGUGGCGCUUGUUACAAGGUUCGGUGCUUGGACAAGAGCAUUUGUUCCAGGAGAGCUGUUACCGUCAUUAUCACUGACGAAUGUCCCGGCUGCUCUAAAACCAGCACUCACUUCGACCUCAGUGGUGCCGUCUUCGGCCGCUUGGCUAUUUCCGGAGAGUCUGGCCCUCUCCGUAACCGUGGCCUCAUCCCCGUCAUUUACCGCCGGACGGCAUGCAAAUAUAGAGGGAAGAACAUAGCGUUCCAUGUGAAUGAAGGAUCAACUGAUUUUUGGCUAUCUCUGCUAGUUGAGUUUGAAGACGGAGAAGGUGACAUUGGCUCCAUGCACAUUCGCCAAUCAGGAGCUAGGGAUUGGUUAGAGAUGAAGCACGUAUGGGGGGCCAACUGGUGCAUCGUUGGAGGACCACUCAAGGGACCAUUCUCCAUCAAGCUCACCACUUUGUCUGCCGGUAAAACACUCUCAGCCACCGACGUUGUCCCUAGAAACUGGGCUCCCAAAGCAACUUACACUUCCCGCCUCAACUUCUCCCCCGUCCUCUGAACCAACUAAUCUUCUACAUUGUCAAAGACUAUAAGAUUCCUACUACUACUUGUGUGAUUGCUUUUUUUUUUUCUUUUUCGAAGAGAGAAACAGAGAGUGACUGCUAGCCGUGGGAUGACAAGAAAGAAAGUUCAUCCUAAUCCAACGGCUCUUGCGUUCUCUCCUCUUCCUUGUAUUGUGGAUUUGUGUGUUGUUUGCGUGUGAUGUGUCGGUGAGAGUGUUAGGAAUCAGUGUAGCCAUCUCCAAAGGGGAGAUUGAGCUAGGAGUAGUAUAUGGUGGAGUCAUGUCUGUUUUUGUUUUUAUGUAAUUCUUGUCACUAUCUCUUUCUAUUAUGGGACAUGACAUAGUAUAUCACAUGAAUAUUUAUCACUAUCUC